GCACCCGUAGCAGCAGCAGCUCCUAUCCGCACCCCUGCCUCCGUCUAAUCUGCCCUGGACUCACAAACCUCCCGAUUCAAAUACUCCUGUCUUCGCCGGUUGCUUGCUUUUUAGCCAGCGGUUCCAGAUGAUGUUCAAAAUCAUGGUCAAGAUUGAUCUAUACAAAGGCUUGAGUACAAAUUGCUAGUAUAAGAUGGUCAAUGCCAUCAAAGGACUGUUUAUCUCAUGUGACAUACCCAUGGCGCAGUUCAUUGUCAGUUUUAAUGCGUCUCUGCCAGCUUCUCAGAAGUUUAUAGUACAUAUGCUGGACGCCACUCACAUGUUCGUGCAACCUCAUGUGGCUGAAAUGAUUCGGAGUCGCAUUGCUGACUUCCGAGACCAGAACUCCUAUGAGAAACCUGCUUGAUUUGAUCCCGAGGCUGCAAACUCCGAUUGUCUCUUACAUGAGGCUUGGAAUAUUACCACAUGGAAGUUGGUCUUUUAUAGAAAGAUCCUUUGCAUUUUUUUCAACCAUGGGUUAUUGACUGUCACUAGCCAGUCUUUAACAUUAUAAUGCAUCUUCAAGUAAGCAUUUCUGUUCC